AUGUGUCCUCUUUCAGCACCUGCCUUCUGUCCAUGGUGGCACAGGCUCCUUCUCAUAGCAGGGGGGCUGGGGCAACUCAUCCUGCUGGUCCUGGUGGUGGUGCUGAGUGUGCGGGUCUUUCAGGGCUCCCCACAACCAGUGGUGACAAGCGUACUGCAGCUGGACAGUGGGAUCCAGGGAAGGAACCAGAUGGAGCAGUGCAUGUUUUCAUCCCUGGUGCGGUAUUUCUGCAAGCCCCGAGGGGACAGCCCCACAGCCUAUGCUGGCUGCAAGCUAUGUCCCCAGGACUGGCAGCUCCAUGGGGAAAGAUGCUACUGGCUUUCUGAGGAAUUGGGAAACUGGACUCAAGGCAUGAAAAGCUGUGAGAACCAGGACUCCCAGCUGGUGGUGCUCCAGGACAAGAAAGAAAAGGAGCACAUCAAGACUGUUACAGGCAAGAGCCCACCACCAGUGUGGAUUGGAUUAAGGUCACAUCAGAAGGUAUGGAGAUGGGUAGACAACACACCUUUCAACCCCAAAAUGCUUGGCACCUCUCUGCACGAGAUGGAUGAAGGGUGUGGGACACUGAGAGCCAAGGACUUUGAAGUUAAUAGAUGUGAUGCUGAACACAAGUGGGUCUGCAAAAAAAAGCCUUUCCUGCUCUGCUCUGUGACAGCAGAAGAUGGAGAGAAAAGGGAUGCCUCCAUCUGAUAAACACACACCCCAAAACGCUCAUCCCACAAGACACUUGCUGCCAAUAUUUGGGGUGAAAUAGCCCCAUCCUCAGAGUUACAGCUUUGCAGGAGAUUUCAGGGUUUGCAAAUCCUCUUACCAUGAGGAUUAAGACCAAUUUUGGGGGCACAGAUGAACCCCUGAGCUCAAGGAUCAGAAAGGCUUCUGCCUCAGGCACAGUGUUGAAAGAGCUGUGGCAUCAAUAAAAGCUUAUCAAACUGGUUUGCUUCAAUUUAUUGAAAUAACACAGGCAAGAGCACAGGUGAUGCUGAUCAUCAUGCAAAAUUCAUAUAUAAACAUUGCAAAUUUCAACUCAAAAAAGCUUUUGUGAGUGACAGAUAUUACCUGUAUGCAUCUCUCCAGGCACAGCUGAGAGAGUGUUACCACACUGAUGCAGGCAACUGGGUUUUGCUCAAGUUUUGAGGACCUGGAGGGGUUUAUUUUUCUUCUGAGUUGUUUUUUCUGUUGCUAUUGUUGUUUUUGUCGUUGUUUUGGGCUUAGCUGUUGCUGUUGUUUUGGAGACGUUUUCUUCAGCUCCCAAUUUGGAGGGAGGGGAAGGGGAAGUGGGAUUCUGUGAUAUUUGGUUGAUAUUCAAGAAUCACCUCCUACAAGAUCAAAAAGCUCCAUCACAUUAAGUAGGAAAUGAAAGGCAGCUGGAGACUGGAACAAGUAUGCUGCUCCUAACACACAGGAGUGAAAGCUGGGACAGAUUAUGAAGAAGGAGUACAGAGCUGUUGUGAUAGCACCAGGAACCCAGGGCCAGCCUGGAGAUGAAUCCAGCAACAUUUCUGCACAUGAAGGGGAACAAAAGAGAAUUAUAUGUGUAGUUGUAGCAAAUAGCAAAAGGAAUAA